AUGUACAGCUCACACAGUUUGCCUUACCUGGGAGUAUUAAUAGUGGCGGUGGUUGGCAACAAAAUGAUGGAAGACUGUUUGUCAUCGAACCAUACAUACACCAUGAAUGUUGUGCUGCUGGAGGACAACACUUAUGGGUGGAGUCGGCCGUUCGUCCAGGCGGCCGUGGAACGAGCCAUUGAAAAGGACAAGCAGCAGAAUGAUAAGUAUGGUUUAGACUUCAAGUUGACGGCUAACUACAAUGGCUUCGACACCACGGUGUACAACCGACAGGGCUGUGGCAGCAGCACCUGUGAGGGAGUGGCAAUACUCAAGUUGCUGCAUAGUAAGGAUGAGGUUGGAUGCGUGAUGCUGGGGCCUUCCUGCACUUAUGCCACCUUCCAGUUAGUGGAUGAUGAAAUUGGCCUGAACCUGAGCAUUCCCAUCAUCUCUGCUGGGAGUUUCGGACUCUCGUGUGACUAUAAGCCCAAGCUGACCCGAAUUCUGCCUCCAGCACGCAAGAUCUCAGACUUAUUAUACAACUUUAUGAUAACAACCUUGCCAUUUAAGAAGGAAUGGAAGCAGGUCUACGUGUAUAAGAAGUCCACCAACAUAACUGAAGACUGCUUCUGGUACAUCAACGCAUUGGAAGCACCCUCUGCCAGCUUUGCCUCAAAGACAAACAGAGAGAUGUUGCGUGGGGAGGAAGAUCUGAAGAAGGCACUCAACUCUAAGAAAAGACACAGCAACAUUUUCAUCUUUUGUGGGAGCCCUGAUGACGUUGUUUCAAUAAAGGAGAAGGUGGACCGGAUUGAUAAAGACAUCAUGUUCAUUCUCCUUGAUAUUUACAACCCUGAGUAUUAUGUCAACACAACAUCCAGUCAGGGUAUGCAGGAUGUACUAGUGAUCACUCUGCCGCAGAGGAACUACAUCUAUGGAUCAAACUUGACCUACAACGACACGAUAAAUGACUAUGUGGCCGGGUACCAUGAUGGGGCUCUGCUGUUUGGCAAAGUGCUCAGAGAAAAGAUGCUCAGCCAGCGAGACAACCAAUCCUAUGAUGUGCCUCUGGAUGACAACCCCUUUGUUAACGUCUCCUUUGAUGGUAUGGGAGGACACUAUGUGCUCGAUGAGUAUGGGGACCGAGAUGUUAACUUCUCCAUGAUUUACACAUCAACCGCCACUGGCAAGUACGAAACCCUGUUGAUGUUUGACACAUCGAAAAAUAAAACCAUAGUGGUCGACACAAACCCCGCCCUGCACUGGAAUGGUCACCUACCUUCUGACGUGCCAACAAAUCUAAAUGACUUAGAUACGCAGGACAUCAUUGUAAUCGUUCUGAGUCUCAGUGUUGUUGUGGUGACAGCCAUCGCUCUCAUCUUCUACAGGCAGAACAGGAAAGAACGUCUAAUGCAGAAGAAGUGGUCUCACAUCAACCCGUUUCUGAUUGGUCCACUGGACGAGAAGGAGGUCUCACUGAAGAUUGAUGAAGAUAAGAGGAAGGACAGCACAUUUUUCAAUCACCGAGGCCGCUAUGACAAAAAGCCUGUAAUCUUGAAAGAGUUAAAACAGACAGAUGGAGACUUCACAGAGGACCAGAGGAUUGAGCUGAACACUCUGCUGCGUAUAGAUUACUACAACCUGACAAAGUUCUACGGCACAGUGAAGUUUGAGUACGGUGUGUUUGGGGUGUUCGAGCUCUGUCAGAGGGGCUCCCUCAGGUACAUUCUGAAUGACAGGAUCUCAUACCCAGAUGAAACCUUCAUGGACAUGGAGUUCAAGAUAUCAGUCAUGUAUGACAUAGCAAAGGGCAUGUCCUAUCUCCACUCCAGUAACAUUGAGGUCCAUGGUCGCCUCAAGUCCACCAACUGUGUGGUCGACAACCGCAUGGUGGUCAAGAUCACUGACUUUGGCUGUCACACCAUCCUGAGGCCAGGCAGAGAUGUGUGGACGGCCCCGGAGCAUCUUCGUAAAGAUGGGGUGUCUCAAAAAGGCGAUGUCUACAGCUAUGCCAUCAUUGCUCAUGAGAUCGUUUUGAGGCGGAGCCCCUUCUAUACGGAGUACUGCUCUGAUCCUGCAGAGAAGAUCUACAGAGUGAAUUAUCCCAGUGGGAUGAACAUCUUCAGACCGGACCUCACCUUUGACGGCGCAUCAGAAAGAGAGGUCGAGCUGUUCAUACUGAUACAAAACAGCUGGGAUGAAGACCCAGAAAGAAGGCCAGAUUUUAAGAGAAUAGAGGUAACUCUGGGUAAGAUUUUCAGUAACCUGCACAACCAAGCCAGUGAGACAUACAUGGACAACCUGAUCCGUCGCUUGCAGAUGUACUCCAGAACUCUGGAGCAUCUGGUAGAGGAGAGAACCUCUUUGUACAAAGCUGAGAGGGACAGAGCUGAUCGCCUCAACUUUAUGCUACUUCCUGGCCCAGUGGUGCGUUCACUGAAGGAGACGGGCAAAGUGGAACCGGAGCUGUUUGAGGAGGUGUCCAUCUAUUUCAGCGACAUUGUGGGAUUCACCACCCUCUGCCACUACAGCACCCCCAUGGAGGUGGUGGAUAUGCUCAACGACAUCUACAAGAACUUUGACAGCAUCCUUGACCACCAUGAUGUGUACAAGGUUGAAACAAUAGGAGAUGCGUACAUGGUUGCAUCAGGUUUGCCCAAACGUAAUGGCGACAGGCAUGCAGUGGAUAUUGCCCACAUGGCCUUGGACAUCCUGGCUUUUGUAGGGACCUUUGAGUUGCAGCACCUGCCCGGCAUCCCUCUGUGGAUUCGGAUCGGCGUUCAUUCAGGGCCGUGUGCAGCAGGAGUGGUGGGGAACAAGAUGCCUCGCUACUGUCUUUUCGGAGAUACAGUCAACACUGCAUCACGCAUGGAGUCCACGGGCCUGCCUCUGAGAAUUCACGUCAGCCAGUCUACCAUCAACAUCCUGCAGAGGACAGACUGCAAGUUUGAGUAUGAAGAAAGAGGAGAGACGUACCUAAAGGGUAAAGGCAAAGAGAUGACAUACUGGUUAACAGGAGUGACUGGGGGGAAAUACAACCUGCCAACACCACCAACAGCGGAGAACUUCCAGCGGCUCCAGCAGGACCUGUCGGAGAUGAUCGUAUCCAGUCUGGAGAACCGUGGUGUUGGGAAUGAUGGCUUUAAAAACAGGAAGACCCUGUCCACCAAAGUCCGUCGGGGAGAGACUAACAGCAGCCUGCAGAGGAACAGCCCGCCCGAGUACUUCCACCUGGCUGUCACUGACAACCCCAGUACCUACCUGUGA